AUGUGUCUUUCAGCAGCAUGGAACACCCCGAACCUUAACACUGACAGACAAAACAGCCACCACACUAAGCAGCCCCUCAGCCCCAUCCACGGGCUGCCCGGCUGGGGAGGCCAGUCCCCUACCGAGUCCUCCCAGCUCAACGGAGAUGCAGGGAGCUCCGUCUGGGGCAACGGAGACACCAAGACAUCCGCUGACUCCUCCAAGAACUCAGGCUGGGACUCGGCACCCUCCGGAGGCACGUCCGGCUGGGGCUGCUCUGGCAGUGGAGGCGGCGGGAGUGGAGGUGGAGAAGGAGGCUGGGGAGGAGACUGGGGGAAGCCAUCCAGCGGUGGAGGAGAGGCCAAAGGAGGCUGGGAUUCCUCAGAUGGCCCAGCCCAGGACCAGCAGGUGAGCUCCUGGGGCCAGCCAACCCCGGCCCCGCCUAGUGAGGGUAGCGGGAGCGGCGGCAGCGAGGGGCGCUCCCACCGCAGGGAGAGGACUGGCAGCGAGGACGGAGGCCCCCCUCCCCUGCCCCGGCAGGACCUGGAUCCCCGCGUGCUCUGCAACACAGGCUGGGGCCAGACGCCCGUCCGCCAGCACACCUCCUGGGAGAUGGAGGAGCAGCGCGCCGCCAACGAGAGGAAGACCAGCGAGAUGAAGGGAGGCGGUGGAGGGGACACCUGGAGGGGCUCCAACAGCCCCUCUUCCGGAUCCCAACCGGAUCCCCGCAACGGGGGAGCCAACCCCAACCUGGGACCAUCUCAGAGGCCAGGUUCAGGGGGCUCUGGAGGCAAGAGCGAGGGCCCAUCAGGCUGGGGAGGCCCUCCACCCUCAGGCUGGGGGGAGCAGCCUGUCAACAAGGCCCCCAAUGGUUCCGUCGGUGGCUGGGGGGAGCCCAUGGCCCAAGGCCCCAACACCACAAACAAUGGCCCCAAGAGUGGAGGUCAAUCCUGGGGUGUCCCUGAGGAGAAGUCCUCCCCUACCUGGGACGACGGGCCAGCCAAGACCCAGCAGAACCAGUCCCAGAGCUGGGGAGAGGGGCCAAAGUCCUCCUGCCAAGGCUGGGGCUCCGGCCACGGAAGUGGCAGCCAUGGCUCCAAUGGGUCCAACGGCUCCAAUGGAGGAGAGUGGAGAGAACCGGACGAGGUGAAGAAGAAUGGAUCCUCCAGCAGCAUGUGGGAAGGAGAAGGAGGAAAUGGACGGAGGAGGAGGAGGGUGGAAGGACAGCCCCAGAGGAGGUGGAGGAAAUGGGGGCGGCUGGGCGUCGAAGCCUGCCCCUGCUGUUGGGGUGGUGGCUGGGGGGAGACCCAGCACCCCAAUGGCCCAGCACCAGGAUGGGGCUCCAAGCCCCAGGAAAGCCCCAACGGCCCAGCACCAGGAUGGGGCUCCAAACCCCAGGAAAGCCCCAACAGCCCAGCACCAGGAUGGGGCUCCAAGCCCCAAGAAAGCCCCAACGGCCCAGCACCAGGAUGGGGCUCCAAACCCCAGGAAAGCCCCAACGGCCCAGCACCUGGAUGGGGCUCCAAACCCCAGGAAAGCCCCAACGGCCCAGCACCAGGAUGGGGCUCCAAGCCCCUGGAAAGCCCCAAUGGUCCAUCCCCAGGAUGGGGCUCCAAGCCUCAAGAAAGCCCCAACGGCAACAGUGUUGGAGGUGGACCAGGAGGAGGCAGCAUGGGGUCCUGGGGCGGCCCUGCAUCUGUGAGGCAGAGUUCCAACCCCGGCUGGGGCCCGGGGAGCUCCGGAGCCAAACCCGACCCAGCGAUGGAGCCCACCGGCUGGGAGGAACCCUCUCCUCCCUCCAUCCGCCGCAAGAUGGAGAUAGAUGACGGCACGUCCACCUGGGGAGACCCCAGCUCUUACAACAAGACCGUGAACAUGUGGGACCGGAACAACCCCACUGGCGGUAACGGUAACCAAGGCAACAACCCCACCCAGCCGCCGACCAGUAAGGGCAACGGAGGCAUGGCCGUCAACAGCAACAACAACCACUCCUCCGUCCCCCCUAGCAACAACAAUCACCAUCACCACCACGGACAGCCCCCGCCACACAGCCAGCACCAUGGCAACAACAAUGGAUCUCCCAACACCGCCGCCCCGCACCACGGUGGAGGACCCCAGGGCAGACCACCAAUGGCCAACCCAGGCUGGGGCGAGCUGCCCAGUGUCCAGCAGCCCAAGCCAGAGCCGGCGUGGGGGGAGCCCGCUGGCCCUUCUCCUGCAGUGGACAACGGCACCUCUGCCUGGGGUAAACCCCCUGGUGUUCCUGGAGGCUGGGGCGAUGGGGGGCACGGGGGGCACGAGCCCAAUGGACCCUACAGGAGGGGCAACAACGGACCCUCUGGACCUGCACCCUGCAAGCCAGCCCCCAAAUCUAUGCAAGAUGGCUGGGGAGGCGGGAGAGAGGAGGAGAUGGGCAUGUCUUCUGGCCAAUGGGAUGCUGACGCUGGCGACAUGUGGAACAGCCCUGCCUCCCAGGAGAGCAGCUCUUCCUGUAAUUCGUGGGGCCAUCCGCUCAAGAAGGGCCCACCCAAGGGCAAGAUGGGCAACCAGCCAGAUGAAGCCUGGAUCAUGAACCGUCUCAUCAAGCAGCUCACUGACAUGGGCUUCCCGAGGGAUCCUGCCGAGGAGGCUCUGAAGAGCAAUAACAUGAACCUAGACCAGGCCAUGAGCGCUCUGUUGGAGAAGAAGACCGAACUGGACAAGCGGGGCAUGGGCAUGUCGGACUACAACAACGGGAUGAACAAGCCGUUGGGUUGCCGUCCCCAGGCCUUCUCCAAAGACCCCUCCUCGGACCGCAGCCCAUUCCUAGACAAGGAUGGUGGUCUGUCAGACGACGCCCCCCCCUCACCGUUUAUGCCUUCUCCUGUCAGCCUGAAGCUCCCCCUGGUUAACAACCUGCAGCCUGGGCAGGGCCUGGGCUCCCCGGGGCUCAACAUGCAAAACUUGAACAACAGACAGAUGCAGAGUGGAAUGUUUGGCAGUAGCGGAGCAGCACUAUCCCGGGCCAUGCAGCAGCCUCCUCCUCAGCCGUCAGUGCCGCCUCUCGGCUCCUCCCAGCCUAGUCUACGCGCUCAAGUGCCUCAGUUUCUCACCCCUCAGGUUCAAGCACAGCUCUUGCAGUUUGCCGCAAAAAACAUUGGUCUGAACCCUGCACUUUUAACCUCACCAAUAAACCCUCAACAAAUGACCCUGUUGUACCAACUUCAGCAACUGCAAAUGGCGUACCAGCGUUUACAAAUCCAACAGCAAAUGAUGCAAGCUCAGCGCAACGUCUCCGGCCCCAUCAGACAACAAGAGCAGCAAGUAAGAGGCCCCUGUUUCAACCCCUAUACAUUCUCAUCACUAUGUGUGGCCCUCUGGACAGACCCAGACCCAGUCCAGCCCCCAUUCCCCCCACGCAGCCGCCACCACUCCUCUGCUCGGUAA